AUGGCGGAAGUGGAGCAGAAGAAGAAGCGGACCUUCCGCAAGUUCACCUACCGCGGCGUGGAUCUGGAUCAACUGCUUGACAUGUCAUACGAGCAGUUGAUGCAGCUGUACAGUGCCCGGCAGCGACGGCGGCUAAACCGGGGCCUGCGGAGGAAGCAGCAUUCGCUUCUGAAGCGCCUGCGCAAGGCCAAAAAGGAGGCCCCACCCAUGGAGAAGCCAGAGGUGGUGAAGACACACCUGCGGGACAUGAUCAUCCUGCCGGAGAUGGUGGGCAGCAUGGUGGGCGUCUACAAUGGCAAGACCUUCAAUCAGGUGGAAAUCAAGCCUGAGAUGAUUGGCCACUACCUGGGUGAGUUCUCCAUCACCUACAAGCCCGUGAAGCACGGCAGGCCUGGCAUUGGAGCCACCCACUCCUCCCGCUUCAUCCCUCUCAAGUAG